AUGUCAAAAACAGAAAAUAUUCAUAUAAGUGCAAUUCCUUCAAAUGAAGUAAAUAUCAGGCUUGUUGAAAAUUCAGCUUAUGAGACAUCUUUAUUAGCUAAUAAUGAAAAAGAUCAAAAAGGUACCCGGAGGCAAUUGGUUAUCAUUGAUAAACCAAAUACCCCUAAAGACAUUGUUCUACAUGCCAUUAUAGGAGGACUUAGAUCAUAUGUGAUGGCACAUGGCAUUCGUGGUGGUGUGAAUUUCCUAUUAAAUUUAUUAACAGUAUUCCGGAAAAGGAAAGGAUCUAUAUAUAAGAUAUAUAAGGCGUUCAUCCGUGGAUUUUUCGGAACGGACGCCGUGCGAUUUGGUGUAGCAUUUGGUGGAUUUUCGUUCUUAUGGAAGUUUAUCAAUAAUGGGUUGCGAUAUGUCAGAAAGGAAGAUGAUCAUUGGAAUGGAUUGGCUGCAGGUUCCAUUGCUGGCAUUUCCAUAAUGGCGGAAAAACGAGAGAGGCGAAUCUCUAUCGCGCAACAGUUAUUUGUUCGCGCGUUGCAAGCCCUUUACAAUGCAGGCCACGCGCGUGAUUAUUUUCGAAUCCCUCAUGGAGAUGCCUUACUUUUUAUCAUUUCGACUGCACAGAUGCGACCUACCACAAUACCAAAAGACUUUUUGAAUUUUAUGAUAAUUACAGCACGCGUUCCAAAGAAAACAUUGGAUAUUAAUCUACACUUGAGACGAGGGUUGUCUUUGGAUAAGGAAGUCGCGAUUGAUCUUGUUAAAUCAUUUAAAGGAACGAAAAAUGCCAUUGAGGUAGCCUACAAUUUACCCCCUCGACCUGUUACAAUUCCUUGCGAACUUGUACAUCCGAAGUUUGAUUCAUGUAUAUAUACAAUCAUUGAACGAUUUUAUCAAGUUUUUCGAAGAAUUGCACCAGUAUACGCUACGCUUAAUUUCGUCCCAAUGGUGGCAUUCAAAUUGAAACAACUUGCCAAAGAGCCCAUGGGUCUUAUUCAAAAAAGUUCCUUCAACACAAUACGAUCAAGCACCUUUCUAGCUACUUUCGUAGCAAGUUACCAGUCUCACAUAUGCCUUCAUCGUAAUAUUGUCAAAUAUUUCGAUAUAACGUGGGAUUCUAAAUAUUUAUAUUGGUGGGCCGGAUUUAGUUCAGCACUCGCCAUUUUCAUCGAACAUAAAAACCGAAGGGCAGAUUUAGCUUUAUACGUAUUACCAAAGGCUGCAGAAUCCUGGUACAAGAUCAUGUGUCAGAAAAAUUGGAUAUUUGAAUUACAUCGAACGGCAGAAGUAUGGUUCUUUUCUGCGGCCAUGGGCAUAAUCAUGACUGCAUAUCAACAUGAACCCGAAACCUUAAGUCCUAUGGCCAAAUUAUGGCUACAAAUUUUGUACAUAUUUCUUGGGGUUUCGAUCGCAUUUUUCUUGACGAUUACCACAUAUUUAUUCUAUCAUCGUCGCAAACAAAUCAAAGACAUGGAGACUCGUUCAAUGCGCUUAUCAAUCACAUUCGCGAUUUCAAACAUAAUAUUUUGUCCAGUUUUGGUGAUUUAUAAUGGAUUUUAUAAAGAUACAUUUCCUUGCUACGUUAUAUUAUGGAACAUUUAUUUAUCAGUUGUAAUAUACCUUGCAGUAAUUUUUAUUCGUGGAUUACGUCUGAUAUUUUUAGCACAACUAAGUUAUGCGAUGUUAGAAGCAACUUGGGGAACAAAACCUACUUUAAUGUUGGAACAAAAUAAUGAGGAAAACCGUUUAAAUAAGAAUUUUACCGUAAAGGAACAUUUGAAAUGGUAUCGAAAGCAAAAGAAGUAUUCAACUGAUAAAGUGUUAUGUUAUGGAUUAUUUUUUGUUGUCGGAAUAGUUGUAAUCGCAUUAAUGGGAAUGACGAUUUUUAUUGAUGAAUUCUCCAUUAAGAAUACAAAGAAAGAUUGUGCAUUCAUUUUGUAUUAUUUUCUUAGAACAAUUGAAGAAAGUUAUGGACUUCGAAGGGAUUUUUUAAAAAACAUUUGCAUCUUCAUCUUCUCCCUUGUACUUUAUAUCUUGUGGAUUACUGUGUUUCAGACCGCAGAUUCCAUUUGGAGACCUCUUAUGUGGUUACCAACUGCCCUUGUAUCUAGUCAUGUGAUCACGAUCCUCAUCCCGAUUAUACGGUCAUACGAUAAAAAUGAUGAUUCAAAGGAUGAAUGUAGAGAACAAGAACGAAUGAUGAGAUUUUCACAAGUCCUUGGAGAUGAUGACCUUUUCGAACAAUAUAAGAUAUGUACGGCGUCAUUUUUUUGUGCGGAAUUGAUGCUUUUUAUUGAAGAAUAUCAAUUUCUAAAAAAAACAGUACUUAGAUAUUAUUAUAAAUCGCAAACUCAUGAAUUAAUCGAAAUCGAUAAUCCUUUGUUAAACGACAAUGCAGCGACAUGUCAAAAUAGUACAUUUUGGGAGGUUUCUGAUCCUGAACCUUCACUCACAGAUGAGAUGAUGCCACGAGAUGUUCAACUCUCAGCGGGGAUAGAAAAGAAUGUAUCACCAGUGACAGUAUCAAUUCAUGAUAAUUUGGUGAAAUGUUUAAGUAAGCCACCUCCAGCUAAUGAGAAAAUUCCAAAGAUAUUACGUCCAUAUUUCUUUAGAUUUUUUCGCAUAUUUUUAGUCCCUUCAGCGGAUUUAGCAGUUAACGUGAUAGAUUCAACGAUACGAGAUGUUACCGCAAAAAUCAACACGGAAGAUUAUAGGUUAGACAUGUUUGAAACCGCGAAAGCAGAAGUAUUACAUUUAUUAUAUGGUAAUACUUUUGCCACUUUUGUGGAAAAAUAUAAGGAAAAUAUUCAAUCGAUACUACAACCAAAGAUCGAAGACGUUAUUUAA